AUGGCCGCAGCAGUAGCAGAAGCUUCAGCAAACUCGCUGGCCCCUAACGGCACAGCUGGCGCAGCUCCAGGUGUUCCCGCCGAUGGCACUGGUGUCGUCCAGCUGGACCCGUGGUUGUCACCCUUCCAGGACUCCCUCAAGCGCAGAUAUACCAAGGCUCAAGAUUGGAUCAAGAAGCUCAACGAGACCGAGGGCGGAGUGGAGAAGUUCUCUCGGGGAACCGAGAUAUUCGGACUCAAUGUCGACAAGGACAACAACAUCGUGUAUAGAGAAUGGGCACCCAACGCCACCGAGGCAUAUCUUAUCGGAGACUUCAACGACUGGAACAGGGGCUCGCACCCGAUGAAGAAGAAUGACUUUGGGGUCUGGGAGAUCAUUCUGCCGGCUGUCAAUGGACAGCCUGCUAUCCAGCACAAGUCGAAGCUAAAGAUAUCCAUGACUACACCGACGGGCGAGCACAUUGACAGGCUGCCGGCUUGGAUCAAAUAUGUCACACAGGAUCUCUCCGUAUCCCCGGCGUACGAUGCCCGCUUCUGGAACCCCCCGGCGUCCGAGAAAUACACCUUCAAGCACCCGCGACCGAAGAAGCCGCUCAGUGCUCGGGUGUAUGAGGCGCACGUUGGCAUUUCCUCACCGGAGACGCGGGUCACAACUUUCAAGGAGUUCACCAAGAACAUGCUUCCCAGGAUUAAGCAUUUGGGCUACAAUGUGAUUCAGCUCAUGGCCAUCAUGGAACAUGCAUACUACGCGAGUUUCGGAUACCAGAUCAACAACUUCUUCGCUGCCAGCAGCCGAUACGGCACUCCUGAGGAUCUCAAAGAACUCAUUGAUACCGCUCACAGCCUUGGUUUGGUUGUGCUCUUGGAUGUAGUUCACAGUCACGCCUCCAAGAACGUGCUAGAUGGCCUCAACGAAUUUGAUGGUAGCGACCACCUCUACUUCCAUGAAGGCGCCAAGGGCCGACAUGAACUGUGGGACAGCAGGCUAUUCAACUACGGCAGCCAUGAAGUGCUGAGAUUUCUGCUCAGCAAUUUGCGGUUCUGGAUGGACGAGUAUCAGUUUGACGGUUUCCGAUUCGACGGUGUGACAAGCAUGCUGUACACCCAUCAUGGUAUUGGAACUGGAUUCUCUGGUGGGUAUCAUGAGUACUUUGGAGCGGGCGUCGACGAAGAAGCUGUGGUAUAUCUCAUGAUUGCCAACGAGAUGAUCCACACGCUGUACCCGGAAUCGAUUACCGUUGCGGAAGAUGUCUCGGGCAUGCCAGCAUUGUGCUUGCCGCUAUCCCUUGGCGGCGUUGGUUUCGAUUAUCGACUAGCCAUGGCAGUCCCUGAUAUGUGGAUCAAAAUCAUCAAGGAGCUCAAGGACGAGGAGUGGGAUAUGGCCAACAUCUGCUGGACCUUGACAAACCGGCGCCACGGCGAAAAGACUAUCGCCUACGCUGAGUCCCAUGACCAAGCUCUUGUGGGCGACAAGACUCUGAUGAUGCACCUUUGCGAUGCCGAGAUGUACACUAACAUGUCGGUUCUCUCCCCUUUGACUCCCGUCGUCGAUCGCGGCAUAGCACUGCACAAGAUGAUCCGACUUCUUACGCACGCCUUGGGCGGCGAGGGUUACCUGAACUUCGAGGGAAACGAGUUCGGUCACCCUGAGUGGCUUGACUUUCCACGGGAGGGAAACCAGAACUCCUUCUGGUAUGCCCGGCGCCAGCUGAACUUGACCGAGGACGAGUUGUUGCGCUACAAGGACCUAAACGAGUUUGACCGCCAGAUGAACUUGACUGAGAGCAAGUACGGAUGGUUACAUGCUGAGCAGGCAUACAUCAGCCUCAAGAACGAGAGUGACAAGGUGAUCGUCUUCGAGCGAGCAGGAGUCGUCUUCGUCUUCAACUUCCACCCCACCAACUCUUACUCGGAUUACCGCAUUGGCAUCGAAACUCCUGGCACCUACCGCGUGGUGUUGCAAACAGACAAGCAUGAGUUCGGCGGCCACAACCGGAUUGACGAAACCACAAGGUUCUUCACCACGCCCAUGGAGUGGAAUGGCCGCAAGAACUGGACCCAUAUCUACCUGCCUUCUCGGUCGGCUUUGGUCUUCGCUCUUGAAGAUACCCUCUAA